AUGGCGGGCGUCACAACCGCCCUCACGUCCGCGUGCGGCUUCUCCCACGACAAGGACGCUGCUUCGACUGCCGCUGCCAGUGGCUCUGACCAGCGCCGCGACACUCAACAAGCAAAACGACGACGGCACUCCUUCUUUAUCCCGCGGCGAAAGUCCAUUGUCGGCCACAUCAUGGAGGGCGAGGAGAAUCUGCUGCUCAAGGUCGACCUGUUCCUGACCGAGCUGGAGCGCCGCCUGGAGUUUGUCGAGAACUAUGUCGACCUCAGCAAGGACUCGAGCAUUUCCCGCGCCUUCUCGACGCUUCAGACGGUCCGCACCAGAUGCUCCCAGGCGUCCGAGGACGUCAUCGGCGCCGGUCGACGCAGGCUCCACAUCAUGGUCGAAACCCUCGAGACCCGGUACCAGGAGACGCUCGAGGCCACCGAGACGCUGCACGACAAGGCCGUCGUGGGCAUCGAGUUGCUGGAGGACAUGCUGUCCGAGUUCGAAACCCGCGCCUACAAGCUGCGCGAGCAGGGCUUCGCCAACGCCGCCACCGCCGCCGAGGCAUUUAUGGACGAGGGCCGCCGGGUUGCCAACGAGAGCAUCGAGCGGGCCAAGAUUGCCGUGGACGAGGGCAUCGAGCGUGCCGUGCGGGCUGCGCUGUCCCUGGAGGAGCACAUCCAGCAGGCCGUCGUGCUGGCGCGAGAUCGGGGGCUGCUUCUGUACGACGAACUGCCCUCGCCGUGGCGAAACAACCCCCACAUCAAGAGAGGCUACCGCUUCCGCGAGACCAAGAUCGAGUGCGUCCAGUCCAUCUUCAACAUGUCCAACGAGUUCAUCAACAUCUGGUCGCACGCCCUGGGCCUGAUCCUGGUGCUGGCCGUGGCCUUUUACUUUUACCCCAGCAGCGCCAACUUCUACCUCAGCACCAAGACGGACGUGGUCGUCGCCGCCAUCUUCUUCAUGAUGGCCUGCCUGACGCUGGUGUGCUCCACCAUCUGGCACACCAUGAGCGCCGUCGCCGACGUCAAGGCCGUGUCCAUGUUUGCCUGCGUCGACUACACCGGCAUCUCGCUGCUCAUCGCCGCCUCCAUCAUGACGACCGAGUACACGGCGUUUUACUGCGACCCCGUCAGCCGGUGGACGUACAUGUGUCUCACCGCCGUGCUCGGCAUCGCCGGCGUCGUCCUGCCGUGGCACCCCAAGUUCAACGGCGCCGACAUGUCCUGGGCCCGCGUCGGCUUCUUCGUCGGCCUCGCCCUGACGGGCUUCAUGCCCAUCCUGCAGCUCAACUUCUCCCACGGGCGCGAGUUUGUCUACAACUUUUACUCCCCCAUCUCAAAGUCCCUGCUCGUCUACCUUAGCGGCGCCAUCGUCUACGCCAGCAAGGUCCCCGAGCGCUGGUUCCCCGGCUGCUUCGACUACAUUGGCGGCAGCCACAACCUGUGGCACGCGGCCGUCCUGGGCGGCAUCAUUUUCCACUACACCGCCAUGCAGGAGUUUUUCUCCAGUGCCUUCCACCGGGCCCAGGGCGGUUGUCCUGCCUAUUAG